UUAAUUGAUUGUCUGUGUAUCUAUAUACAUAAUACAUAUUGUUCCGUUUGAUAUCAGCAGUCUUUCACGUUCGAGGAUAAAAUUGGUUGAUGUAUAGUAUUAUGACUGUAUUCAUGUAAUAUUAUGCAUUAAUAUGUAAAAUCUAAAACACAGUAGCAUUAAUUGUGGGCCUAUGUAUGUAGAUAUACAGUCAUACCAUCAAUAACACAUUGAAAGUUCUUUUUUUUUAUGAAAUACGUACUACUGAUUUUCCCAAACAACAUUCACCAAAGUGAUCUACUCUGCAGUCUGCAAAGAUGUCCGAACACCCUGACCCUGCUGAUCUCCCCAGGGAAGUGCUCAUGAAUUUUCGUCGCGGACUGGCCGAUGAAAACAAAUUUAACAGAAAAGCCACCAUUGGAAAAAUCCGUUCUUACCUGAAUGAUCUGGAGGAGGAUGCCAAAGCUAAAGAAUUUGACAUCGUCCUCAAUGACUUGCUAAAAGUGUUCAGCGACACGUCAGAAGCCUGCCGAGAAGCGGCCGUGAAGUUGGUCAUUGAUUUCUUGCCAAUGUCUUCCUCAGCUGAACAACAUCUGACAUUCAUUCUGGCCGUUAUUGAACAGAGGAUCUCUAACACUGACAAGCAGGAACCUUCAGAGGAAGUCCGACUGCUCUUGAUCAAACUCCUUGUAGUUGCUAUUACGAAGGUUUUUGGUUGUGACUUGGUUCCGCACUUAAAUUCUCUGUGCAAUAUCCUCAGCGCGUCCUUAUUGGACAAUUUUGCUGACGUCAAGUUAGCUAGUUGCGAAAGCGUAAAAAUCGUGGCCCAGGCCUCCCCUAAAACAUUUCACGUCCAAUCGGAGUCAUUCCUGAAAUCCUUAAAACAGGGCACUGCUCACAAGCAUAGCAAGGUCCGAGUCGCUUUUAUAUCUGCUAUCGGCGUUGUUGUGAAGUAUGGCAGCCACAACCUGGUUGAAAAAGUCGCUCACAUUUUAGGAGAGCGACUCUACGACUCAUCUCCUGCUGUCCGGAAGGAGGUAGUCAGCGUCGGUGGGGACUGGCUUAUCAACUUGCCCGACAGAUAUUCCCAUUUUUGUCGUAUCAUACCUUUAGUUGUGACAGGAAUGGACGACGAAAUGCCAGAGGUUCAAGACCUUGCUUGUGAGGUCUGGAACAAAGCUGGUAAAAAAUAUGAAGAAGAAAAUGAAGAGUCCUUGAAAAUUGAACUCGACUAUGGCUUAAUUCAUUUACCUGAUUAUCCUCUGGAAGAAAACAGGCCAGGUGUUGGAUGCAGAGCGUUAAUGCAACGAGAAACUUCAAAGAUGCUUCCGGCAAUUUUGCAUGAACUUCAUGACUGGAACGCGGGUGUUCGGAUGCAGUCGGCGAGUCUCCUUUUCCAAGUUGUCAGGCAUCUUGAGAAAAAUUUUAUCCAGUAUCUCCAGAAAAUAUGGCCAGAUGUAUGUAUUAAAUGUGCAGAUUCAAGCGAACCUCAUUUGAAGAAUAAGGUAGAGCAGUGCCUCCUAUUGUUGGGCUAUUUCUCGCCCAUUCAUGCGCUUUUGGACGUAGCGCUUCCUCAAGAGGAGCUGACACUGUGCCAGUUGUGUUGUUUUGCUGCCACCUUGAAAGGUUUAACCACACUGGAGGAACCUCACCUUUUAACAACAUGCCAAUCUCUGUCAAAAACGGCUAAUACCAAUAUGGAGCUUCAAUAUCAGACAGCUCUUCUUCACUGUGCAAAAGGUGUAUUGGAUGCUGCUUUACGAAGCGGAAAAAUGAGUUCUAAAGAAUCUCAUCUUGCUUUGUUCUCCGUGGCCCUCAACCUCGCAGGCAACUCUCAGUCCUCUGAACUGAGUAACAACUCACAAGAGCUUCUUGAUGGAAUCGCCGUACUUUCUGGUGUGAAACUUACUGUACUCUAUGAGCUAUUCGGCGAUGAAAUUUUGAAGAACCUGCAAUCUACAGUUUCUGUCUGGACGGAGUAUUGUGCUUUCAAGAACAUUUUCCUAGCAUUCGUUCAAGGAGCAGACAGUGGAAUAGGUCCAAAUUUGCCAACUGUAGCAGAAAUUCUUGUAGCAUGGAGCAAAGUCGCAUCCACUGGAUCAGAUUUGGCGGACAUGGUCAGGAUUAUGAUGCCCAUCCUGUCUUGGAAGUUUAUAGAAAGCUGCGAUUGUGACGCAAAAUCCUUCCUCAAAUCUAUCUUAAACAACCUCAUCAGACCAAAUCUCAAGUGGGCUGCUGGACGGGUAGCCGAAGUGCGUCGAUCCCAAGCACUGGUUCUUCUAAUAAUUGCAAUCAGCGAGCCUGAAGUUCCUGAUGAUGUCAUUGCGGAAAUGGUUGUAGAGUUCCCACCUCUUUUGGCAAUUAUGAUGGAGGAAACUGCCACGGAUCCGCGCCUUGGCGCAGGACGUGCGUUGGAAAUUUUGUGCUGUCGGUGGAAAAAUUUAGGAAUCCUUGAUAUUGAGACUACAUUCAGAAUUGUCAAAGUUGCUUCUGAAAGGCUGGAUGAUGUGAAGGCAGGGGUGCGACUUCAAGCUCUCGAGGUCAUCAAAGCUGCUUUGCCUGCUCAAGUGCCUUCUGACCACGUUUCCCAAGUUGAGCUUCUCUUCAAAACAGCCAUCAUUCAUUUGGAUGACCAGGAUUCAAAUUACUCUUUGGCGGUAUUAGAAACUCUGAAAGUAAUUGGUCAGAUUGACAUUCCAUUGAUGACAAAGCUUCUGAACAUCUACAAAAGAAGAUUUACCAAUCAAAGACAGUGUGAUGAGCUACUUCAUCACUUCCAAUAUAAAGUAAACAAUUAAUUUGUUUAAUUUUAAGUGCGUUUUAUUAAAAUUAUUAAAAAAUGAUCAAAGAUCA